CCAUCCCUCCUCACAUCGGCAACCUCUCAUUUCUGUCUCUGCUCUGGCUUUCCAAUGAUGGCUUUGUCAGAACCCUCCCUGAAUCUCUGGCUCGGCUGCCUCGACUGGAACUACUCUUACUUGAUCAUAAUAAGCUUUCAGGUUCAAUACCUCCAGCCUUUUUCAACAUAUCAUCGCUUAUUGCAUUGUAUCUCGUGGACAACAAUAUUUCAGGGACGCUCCCCUCUAAUGAUAGCAACUUCCAUCCGUUGUUCCCUCAUAUUAUGGCUAUGUCUCGGAACCAACUCACUAGCAGCAUCCCGUCUAGCCUUUGCAGUAGUCGUACUCUUCAAACUCUGAGCUUGAGUUACAACCAGCUAACCGGAAGCAUACCGUCCGAGAUUGGAGAUAUGAAGCAACUUAGUGAAUUGUAUCUUGGAAGUAACUAUCUAACGGGUACCAUACCAUCCUCUUUAGGUAACCUAACUAACCUGUCCAAAUUAAGCCUUGGCAACAACAGCAUCCAUGGGAAUAUUCCCGAGGAGUUGGGUCGUCUCACAAACCUCGUUGGAUUGCAGAUUAGUUACUGUGGUGGUAUUACUGGUCCCAUACCGAUUUCCCUUUCCAAUUUGUCAUUACUCACAGACAUUCAACUGAAUGAUAAUAGUCUUACUGGACCAGUGCGUUUGCAAUUUGGGAACACGCCUAACCUUUUGCACUUGCAUGUAGGAGAUAACAAACUAACAGGAGGAGUUGACUUCCUUACAUCGCUUUCGAACUGCAGAGUUAUAGAUCAUGUGCGUGUUGGUGGAAAUGAGCUGGAUGGCAUUCUUCCAUAUAGCGUAGGUAAUCUUUCAAGGACUCUAACAGUGCUUGAUGUUGGGGAUAAUCAUAUUAAGGGGAAAAUUCCUGUUGAGCUGGGUAACCUGUCUGGAUUGACCACUCUAGACCUGUCUGAGAAUGAGCUAGUCGGAACGAUACCGUCUGAAAUCACAACCCUACAAGGCCUGCAGUACCUAGGUUUCGAUAGUAACAGGAUACACGGUUCCAUCCCACAUGAGCUCGACCGAUUGAGAAACUUGGACACACUGUUCCUCGACAACAAUAGUCUUUCUGGAUCGAUACCUGACUCGCUGGGUAACAUUACUGGACUAGAGAACUUAAGACUUAGUGCUAAUAGGUUAUCUUCUGCAAUUCCUGAAACUAUUGGGAGUCUGACUCAUCUACAACUAUUAAUUCUUUCACAAAACCUUCUCACUGGAUCGCUGCCAUUGACAUUGUGGAACAUGGAUUUAUAUUCAUUGGAUAUAUCAGUAAAUCAGCUGUCGGGUAACCUUCCAAGUCCUCCAAAGUAUCUCAAAAUCAAUUAUUUAGAUCUAUCAAAUAACUCAUUCGACGGGCACAUUCCUGAAUCAUUUGGUGAUCUUAUCAAUCUUGAGCAUUUGGACCUUUCUUGCAAUAAGCUCUCAGGUGUUAUACCCGGGUCCUUAGUCAAAAUCCGACAUCUCAGCGUCCUGAACUUAUCUUUCAACAAGUUGGAAGGAAAGGUUCCAAAUGGCGGUGCCUUUUUAAAUGUAAGUGUCGUGUCUUUGGAAGGAAAUGCAGCAUUAUGUGGAGCACCCAUAUUAGGAUUUUCAUCUUGUAAUCCAUCUGAUUCUAAAGAUUCUAAUUCAAGGAGGCAUUUGCUAAGGUAUAUCCUCCCUGUUAUUGCUUCUUCCGGAGUCCUUCUUCUUGGUUUUUGCAUCUUAUUAAGAUUUUGUAGAAGGAGAACCAAGAAUCUAGCCCCUCCUAGCAUGCCCUCUCCUACUCACCAUAGAUUGAUCUCAUACUAUGAGCUUGCUCGUGCCACUGACAACUUCAGCGAGAUAAACUUGCUGGGAAUGGGUGCAUUUGGUUCUGUGUACAGAGGGCUUUUAGAUGACGGCCUUCUUGUUGCCAUAAAGGUCUUGAAUUUGGAAAUCGAAGGAGCAUCGAGGAGUUUUGAUGCUGAGUGUCGUGCUUUGAGGAUGGUUCGACAUAGAAAUCUUGUCAGAAUCAUCAGCACUUGCUCCAACAUGGAUUUCAAGGCACUCGUCCUCCAAUUCAUGCCCAAUGGAAGUCUGGAAAGAUGGCUAUACUCCCAUAAUUACUGCUUGAGCUUGCUUCAAAGGAUUAACAUCGUAAUCAAUGUAGCUUCAGCUAUUGACUACCUUCAUCAUCACUAUUCUGAGGUUAUACUGCAUUGUGAUCUAAAACCGAGCAACAUUCUUCUUGAUGAAGAGAUGACUGCACAUGUCAGUGACUUUGGCAUCGCAAAACUGCUGAGUGGUGUCAGCCAGAGCGUAACCUCAACAGAGUUUGCUUCAACAGGAAGAGUCUCCACAAAGGGAGAUGUCUAUAGCUUUGGAAUAUUGUUGCUAGAAAUCUUUACGAGAAAGAAGCCUACUGAUCCUAUGUUUACUGGGGAAUCAAGCUUGCGGCGAUGGGUAAAUGAUGCAAAUCCUACCGGCCUGUUAGAUAUUGUGGACUGCAAUCUACUGAAAGAUGAAAAUGGAAAUGAAAGGCCAAAGAACUACUUAAUUUCAACACCGACCUGUCUAUCUUCCAUCAUGGAGUUGGGGAUUAUCUGUUCAAGUGACUCGCCUAAUGAGAGGCUUGCUAUGAAAGACGUCGUCCCACAGUUGCAGAAGAUCAAGAUGAAGUAUACGUCUGAGUUUUGCGCUGCUUGA